CUGCACAGUAAGAGCCUCAUCAUCUCUCUCUUUUCUUUUGAGGUCAUGAAACGUGUACGCACAGAACAGAUUCAGAUGGCAGUGUCCUGCUACCUCAAGCGCCGUCAGUAUGUGGACUCGGAAGGUCCCCUAAAACAAGGGCUGAGGCUGUGUCAGACUGCUGAAGAGAUGGCAGCUAAUCUCACAGUCCAAUCUGAAUCUGGUUGUGCCAACGUUGUGUCUGCAGCUCCCUGCCUGGCGGAGCCACAGCAAUAUGAAGUACAGUUUGGACGAUUACGCAACUUUCUCACAGAUUCGGAUUCUCAGCACAGCCAUGAAGUGAUGCCUCUUCUGUAUCCCCUCUUCGUCUACCUCCAUCUGAACAUGGUCCAGAAUGGCCUGAAAAGCACAGUGGACAGUUUUUACAGCCGCUUCCAUGGCAUGUUCUUGCAGAAUGCCAGCCAGAAGGAUAUCAUUGAGCAGUUGCAGACUACCAUGACUAUUCAAGAUAUCCUGUCCAACUUGAAGCUCCGGGCUUUUCUGGACAACAAGUACGUCAUCCGCCUUCAAGAGGACAGCUACAACUACCUUCUUCGCUACCUCCAAAGUGACAACAACAACGCCCUGUGCAAAGUCCUGACCUUGCACAUUCACCUGGAUGUGCAGCCCGCCAAGAGGACUGACUACCAGCUCUACGCCGGUGGGAGCUCCUCGCGCAACGAGAGCAACGGCCUGGAACCCAGCGAGGUGCCGGCUUCCAUUCUGCAGAACGAGGCGGCGCUGGAUUUACUGCAGGACAGCAUUAAACGUGUCAAGGAUGGGCCCCCUUCCUUAACGACCAUCUGUUUCUAUGCCUUCUACAACACGGAGCAGUUGCUGAACACUGCAGAGAUUUCACCAAACAGCAAGCUGCUCGCUGCGGGGUUCGAUAAUUCGUGCGUGAAGCUGUGGAGCCUGCGUUCCAAGAAGUUAAAAUCUGAGCCCCACCUCGUCGAUGUGUCCCGCAUCCACUUGGCUUGUGACAUCCUGGAUGAGGAGGAGGAAGAGGAUGACAGUGCAGGCACAGAAAUGAAGAUCCUGAGAGGACACUGUGGGCCUGUGUACAGCACGAGGUUCCUUUCAGACAGUUCGGGACUCUUAUCUUGCUCUGAGGACAUGUCCAUCAGAUACUGGGACCUCGGGAGUUUUACAAACACUGUGUUGUACCAAGGACAUGCCUAUCCUGUCUGGGAUUUGGAUAUUAGCCCCUGCAGCCUGUACUUUGCCAGCGGUUCCCACGAUCGCACCGCGAGGCUCUGGUCCUUUGAUCGGACGUACCCGCUGCGAAUAUACGCGGGCCAUUUGGCGGAUGUGGACUGCGUCAAGUUCCACCCCAAUUCCAACUACUUAGCGACGGGCUCCACGGACAAAACCGUGCGCUUAUGGAGCACUCAGCAAGGCAACUCGGUGCGGCUUUUCACCGGGCACCGUGGCCCCGUACUAGCGCUGGCGUUUUCUCCCAACGGUAAGUACCUGGCAUCAGCAGGCGAAGACCAGCGGCUGAAGCUGUGGGACUUGGCAUCAGGAACUCUUUACAAAGAGCUGAGGGGGCACACGGACAACAUAACCAGCCUUACUUUUAGCCCCGACAGUAGUUUAAUUGCUUCGGCGUCGAUGGACAAUUCAGUCCGGGUCUGGGACAUUCGGAACACUUACUGCAACGCCCCCGCAGAUGGGUCUUCCAGUGAACUGGUUGGUGUAUAUACCGGACAAAUGAAUAAUGUACUGAGCGUACAGUUUAUGGCCUGUAAUCUCCUUCUAGUGACUGGAAUUGCACAAGAAAAUCAGGAACAUUAAUUUUCUUUUUUUCUUAGGGAAGUGGGUGGGCGUAUGGAAUGCCAGAGUCCAUUGCAAGCUGAGAUUACUGACUGUGAAACACUUUUCUUCCUCUGCCCCCUUGAAAGGCAUGGUCAGGGUGAUGCAAAUGCUUUAAAAUGUCUUGCCCACAAAAAGGCCUGUGCUAUUGAAUGGAAUAAGGGAAAAAGGAGAGGUGAUGACAAUAUGUACACGUUCUAAUCUUGUAGGGAUGGGGAA